AGGUGGACCUCACAUUUGAGCACAAUUAUGCCCGCCACUACCAUCACCAGUACACGGUUCCAUCGAGCGGCCCGCGAUGGCCUCUUGGAUGUUGUCCGCGAGGCAUCGUCAAAGGAAGCCAACCAAAAGGACGAGCAUGGCCUGAGUCCAGUGAUGUGGGCCUCCUUCGCAGGCCAUAGCCACGUACUGAGGGUGCUCGUCAGCAAAGGUGGAGAGAUUAACAAAUACGACAAUUUGGGCAACACGGCACUCCACUUGGCCGCGGCCAACGCGAACACGAAAUGCGUGGCGUUUCUCUGCACGAUGGGUGCAGACGUUUGGGCCCUCAACAUCGACAAACGCACCCCUCGUGACAUGGCCGCGGCCCACGCUCGGGGCGAGUCCUCUCUGCGUCUGCUGGACGCGGUCAUGGCGCGCGAAAUGGCCCUGGACCCAAAACGCUGCGACCUGAAGUGCCAACGCGCCCGUCAACGCGCCGAGAAACACCUGCAGGCGUUCCAGCGACUCUCGAGCGAAGAGAAGCGCAAACAACUGGACGAAACGCGCAGUCUGCUCGAACGCAGCACGGCCAGUUCGCCGGAAGAAGACGCGACGUCCCUCGGCUCGUCGAACGCGUCCACCACCUUAUCCGCGUUGUGGGCCGUUGUCCGCAACACCAACAAGAGACGCGCCUCCGCCGAAUCCAGCACGACCACUUCGUCGGUUGCGACGAGGAGUUUCAAUUUCGGGGUCGGGUCUGUCGCUUCCGACGGCAGCAGGACGAUCCGACCGCUGUCCGGAUUGGCGCCCAGCACCGAGGUUCUUUACUCGGGUGGCGCUCUGGGCCCCCGACGCUCUUCAGUGCAGAGCACGGGCUCUUCGAUGACAACAGAUUCAGUGACAGACGCUUUUGAUUUGGCCCAAAGAAACCAAGGAGGGCUCGUCAGCAUCAUUGCAACCCCUUCCGACUCGGACCCUGAACUUGACGACGACGUUUCUGAAUCAGGACGUAGGCGCUCCAGCCUCUUCGACAGACCAGGUUUUGGCAGUGUUGCUUUUAGACACUCCUUGACCGGUUUGGAAACGGAAACCGUUGCCACUUCAGACACUCCAAACGCAAACUGGAUUUUCAAAGCGCCGGACGUCGUAGACUCGGCAGGCAAAAAGGACGACGUGUUUGUCGAAGACAGUCUGCCUCUGGACGACGAGGAAGUUUCGCCGCUGGUUUCGUUCUUGGUGGCAUGGGGCUUGCGCGACCUGGCCCACCAGCUGAUCCCAGUGUUCAAGGACGACCUGGAGGCCCUUUUGGUAGCCAACGAUGACGAUCUGCAGAUGGCGGGCAUCGUCACCGGACCACGCAAGAAACUGCUGCGAGCCAUCGAGCUGCACAACCAGGAUAUCAACGGCGACUCUGCACCGGAGGAAACGCGAUUGUGACUUUUGCGUGACGUUGUAAACUUUGAUUCUCUAAUUUUUAAGUAUUAUUAUAGUAAUUUGCGUAAGUUGACGAUGACAAAUAAAGAGUAUGUUAAUAUAAAAACGAA